GCUCCGCCGUCUUUCUCCGCGGGGUCACGGGGAGGCUGAGGCGCCGCGGCGAUGCUGUCCCGGGCCGUGCUGGCCGCCGCCGCCGCCGCCGCUCCUGCCCUGAAGAAUGCAGCCCUUCUGGGACCAGGGGUUUUGCAAGCAUCAAGGAUCUUUCACACAGGACAGCCACGUUUGGCUCCAUUACCACCUCUUCCUGAGCAUGGAGGAAAAGUUCGUUUUGGGUUGAUUCCUGAGGAGUUUUUCCAGUUUCUGUACCCUAAAACUGGAGUCACAGGUCCUUAUGUAUUGGGCACUGGGCUUGUCCUGUAUCUUCUCUCCAAAGAGAUCUAUGUUAUCACCACAGAGACCGUCUCAUCCAUAGCCUUGCUGAGCCUCAUCAUCUAUGGAAUUAAAAAAUACGGUCCUUCUGUGGCGGCGUUUGCAGAUAAACUAAAUGCGGACCAAAUUGCCCACAUGGAAGAGGUGAAACAGGCAUCAGUCAAACACAUCCAGGAUGCAAUUGAGGUGGAAAAAGCUCAACAGGCCCUAGUUGGAAAACGCCACUAUCUAUUUGACGUCCAGAGGAAUAACAUUGCCAUGACCCUGGAGCUCUAUUAUCGAGAGAGGCUACACCGAGUGUACACUGAAGUGAAGAAUCGCCUGGACUAUCAGCUCUCCGUGCAGAACAUGAUGCGACGGAAGGAGCAAGAUCACAUGAUCAACUGGGUGGAGAAGCACGUUGUGCAGAGCAUCUCUGCUCAACAGGAGAAAGAGACAAUUGCCCAAUGCAUUGCAGACCUAAAGCUGCUAGCCAAGAAGGCCCAAGCCCAGCCAAUUGUGUGAACACCUCUCCUCCUGACUGACCCGGCGGAGCUCAUUUCAUUAGCCGUUGGAAACAGAAUCUUCUAUAUCCCUUAAUAAAUUGUUUCUCUGACCA